GCGGGAAUGCACGACUGACGACUGUGAAAGUGCAACAAGAAGUUACAUAACGUAUCAGAUAGAUGCUUGCACCUGGUAACUUGGUGCAAUGAUGUUAUCUUGGAAUGGUCACGCAAAUGACGUCACACAAGUAUUAAUGUGACAAACUAAAGCUAGAACAAACGGAACAUCGAGAACUGCUUGUACGCCCACGUACUCGAGGUCGAUAUCGGAGCUGAGAGAAUGAGUGGUGAGACUUCCUACCGCCGGGACCAUUUCAUGCUUGGCAAGACGGAACGUACGGCACUGGCUUUGGGUGAGGCUGCUGUGUAAAUACUACUACAAGAACUCACGAACAUCUCUCCCUAGCGCUCGUUUACACCUUUGGAUCAACAGCUGAAAUGGAAUACCUUAAUGACAAGUUUAGAUCUUAUUAGUCUCUAAGUCUACUUGCGCUUAGUCCGUCGUCGGAGUUAUAACGUGGUCGGGUUUGUUGGCGUAAGAAGGGAGAAAACACCUGAUGGAUUACCAGUGCUCAGGUGAUGUAAUGUAAGCACGCUUCCAGUCAGCGGGCUCAGAUCGGUGGUACUACUAUCUGUCAACUCAAGUCAACGAGACAGCAAAAAAGUCAGGAGGCCAUAGAAAUGUCUUGCCCGGGGAAGCCAAGCAUAGAAGAGCAGUUAUUUGUGUAUAGAACCCGAAAAAGAAAGGAGGAAGAAAACAACGAAAGGAGAAAAGUUAUUUGGAAUUGGAUUGCUUGGAUCAUGAGCCUUGGAUCAAGUCGCUCAUGUUCCGAAUCUUCUUCAGCUGAUUCCAGCGCGACAGAAAGCAAAUCAGAGCUGUCAGGGGAUGGAAAACAUGAACAAAGUACAGGAAGAGAGAGGUUAUCCAAGGAAUCAUCUUCAAGUUUUAGUGGUAGCGAUUCUCAAGAUCUUGUACGGCCAUCAAUAAUAGAUACAUAUACAAAAUUUGACUGGAUCAUUUUAGGACUUAAAUUUACUAUGUGGCUACUGCUAUUCAAGAUCUUCAUUCUUCUAGAGUUUGGAGCUGUAUUUUUUAUAUUUAGUGCAUUUGUAUUUAUAUGGUAUAACAUGAGGUCUGGACCCAAGAGAAAAGGAGAAAUAAGUGCAUAUUCAGUGUUUAACCCAAAUUGUGAAAUGAUUGAUGGAACAUUCACUGCAGAACAGUUUGAGCGUGAACUGUUGCACAAGAUGUAGCUAUGAAGAGAAUUAUUUAUUUUUU